UAAUAAUAGACGAAUGGGCGUGAUUAUCGGCUUGGAAUUUUUCGUAUAAAUUUUAAAUUCGAGCGUUUAGUUAAAUUAACAGACAAUGUUCCGGCCGUCGAUGGAUGCGAAGAUGAGAUAUCAAGAAAAUAUAGAAACCUCUGGCGAUAUUGAUGCUGAUGCUGGUGGCCGGGGUGACAGAACUCAGGAUCGAUUGGAAACAGCGCUGAAAAAAUUGUUCGGCCAUAUUUGUGAAACACUGAUCGAAUUUCAACACAAACUGCAAAUUAGUGGCACCAUUGCAAUUACGAUAGACAGCGAAAGCGUCAUGUUGCUUCAAUUUUCUGAGCUGAUAAUAAAUCCUAACAAAUCACAUCAUAUCAUCACCACGACAAACAGUAGUAAUAAAUUGUUGACAUCUUUGAAGAAAUCUGAUAAAAAUUGUAAAUAUUUAAAUAAUCAAGUAGCCGAAAAUUUGCAUAGGAACUCUUCUUCCAGUGAAACCAUAUACACAUACAGUGACAAUGCUGCUGAACUUAACGAUGGUUCCAACCCACAGCAAAACAUUCAUCUCAAUUUGAUGCAUCAAAAUAAUAUUAACCGAACGACACUGUUGUCUCCAUCAUCAUCAGUGGGGACGAGAAACAGCCAGGUAUCAUCAACACCUCCUUUUAACUACGUUGAGGCUGAAUCUGACAAACCAAAUCAAAAAGUAAACAGCAGAUGUUUGAGUAAGUUGACUCAGCUGCUUCAAACACCUGUCAUAGCAGCUGGUCCAGAAGAGCUCAACUUGUCAAAACAGUAUCUGAGUCCUAAUUUAAACAACAACAUCAACAACAAAGUAUGGAAACCAACUUCUGCUUCAGAAAUUUUGAAAAGAAUGUCAACUCGAGUGGACCACCCCGUCGCCAACCCAUCAAACAGUAGCAGCAGUUUAAACUGCCUGAAUGAGAGAGUUUCAGAGGAGGGAGUGGCACAUAGAGAUGCUCCCAGAUCGGAUCAGUCCUUCCUUCAAUCAAUACUAUCCGGUAAUAUGCCUUCCUUGUCUUCAAUUUCGAACAUGUACAACAAAAAACGCAAGCGACAAGAUCAUGACAAUGACAGCUCUAGCAGCAAACACAGAGUUCUGAAUAGUGACAGCACCGAACAUACAAAAACUGUAUCAUCAUCUCAGUCUGUGUCAUCUAGUCUACUGGACGACAUUCCUCAGAGGAUGAAGAAGGAGUCAUCACCCGUGGCAUGCGACCCGUGUGACUUCAGUGACUAUCGAUACAGCAUGCUACUGCACAAGUUAGUUGGGGUGAGGCAGAACCAACAGCAUGAAAAUACAUUACUUUCCAGUAACAACAACAAUAAUAUCAGCAGUAAUAGCAGCAUCAGUAACAUUGCCAACAGUAAUUACUUCCAAUGUAAUAAGGACGAGGGGACUACCAAUGAAAAUUAUGAUGAUAAAAAUUUAUCAAAUCAGCCAUUUUUGUUAUUGAGUGAAAUUAAGAAGGAGUCUAUGAAUGAUGGCGACGAUGACGACGACGAUGAUGGUGGUGGUGAUAGCAACAACAAUAAACAUGUUAGAGUGAUGUUUGUCACUGGUGGUGAUGAUGAAAACAAUACUGCUGCUGAUGGCGAUGAGAAUGAUAACACCGAUGAUGCCAGUUAAUAAUAAUAAUCUCUUCCUCCAUCAUCAUUAUGCCCUACAUUGUCAUAUCUCCAUAUUUUUCUCUACAGAAUGCUUUUUCAUUGUGUUAUUACUACAAUUGGUUACAAGUCAUUUUGUUUAUUUAAUAUUUUUUUAAUGUACAAAUUUUUGCUCUAACUAGCCAUCUACGUUAUUUAUUUCUAAAUUUUAAUGGCACACAUCGUAAUUGAUUUUUAAUUUUUAUGAUCAAUAUUAUUAUUAUUUUAUUUGUUCGUUUAAAUAUCGUGAAGUCUAUAAAACUAACAUAUCUACAAAAUGUAGGCUUAUGUAUAGGAACUCACUUUUAAAGCAACCACCUUGUCUUCUAAGAUUUAUUUUUCAAUACAUUAUAACAAUAAAACCAUUACAAUCAUGUUAUAUAUAUAUAUAUAUAUAAUAUAUAUAUAUAUAAUUAAAUAUUUAUAUAAAUAUAAUAAUAUGUAUGUUAAUAUAUAUUAUUAAAAUCUGUUAAAAGUAAUUGAUAACGUUGAUUUAAUUAAAUAAAGACAUGAAGUACAUGCAGUAUAUGAUUUUUUCCUCUAAUAAGGAUGGAUUUAUUUAUCAAUGAUUCCCACUGAUUGUUAUCUUAAUUAUAUUUUUCAUGUUGGCUAAAUGAUUUUAAAUAAUAAAUUUGCAAUUAUUAUAUUAAUUAAGUAAUUAAUUAAUCAAUUAAUAAGUGAUUUAUAUGAUAUUUUAAUAAAAUUAUUUCUU